AUGGAGGAGAAGGCUGCGAGGAAGAGGAAGAUGUCCUGGGACCACCAGCCCUACAAGUGCUUGGAGUGUGGGAAGAGCUUCAGGUGGAGCAGCCACCUGAUCAGCCACCAGAUGAUCCACACUGGGGAAUGGCCCUACGAGUGUGGGGAGUGUGGGAAGGGCUUCAGCUACAGAUCCACCCUUGUGACCCACCAGCGCAUCCACACCGGGGAGAGGCUCUAUGAAUGUCCUGAGUGUCAGAAGAGAUUUCAGACCCGCUACAAUCUCCUCAGGCACCAAAGGAUUCACACUGAUGAGAGGCCCUUCCUCUGCCCUGACUGUGGGAAGGGCUUCAAGCAAAACUCCACCCUCAUCACCCACUAGCGCAUCCACACUGGGGAGAGGCCCUACGAGUGUCCCAAGUGUGGGAAGAGCUUCACCCACAGUUCUAAUUUAAUCAGCCACCAACGCAUCCACACUGGGGAGAGGCCCUAUGAGUGUCCCCAGUGUCAGAAGAGGUUUCACACCAGCUCCAAUCUCCUCCUGCAUGAGCAGAUUCACACGGAUGAGAGGCCCUUCCGCAGCCCUGACUGCGGGAAGGGCUUCAAGUACAACUCCCACCUCAUCAGGCACCGGCGCAUCCACACUGGGGAGAGGCCCUACGAGUGUGCCCAGUGUGGGAAGAGCUUCAUCCAGAACUCUGACUUGACGAGACACCAACAGAGGCAUCGUUAA